AUGCCCCAAAUUGGGCUGCUUCAAGCUCAUUAUUUCAACACCAAGGGAGUAUUUACCACAGAUUUCCCAGACCGCCCUCCCACACCUUUCAAUUACACUGGUGCACCACUCAAUGCCAACCUUGGCACUAAAAUAGGCACCCGGCUUAGCAAACUUGACUUCAAUUCAACAGUUGAGUUGGUGCUACAAGACACCAAUCUUCUCACAGUGGAGUCCCAUCCUUUCCACCUUCAUGGUUACAAUUUCUUUGUUAUUGGGACCGGAGUUGGGAACUUCGACCCCAAAAACGACCCAGCAAAGUAUAACUUAGUGGAUCCUCCCGAAAGAAACACAAUUGGAGUUCCUACCGGUGGUUGGGUUGCCGUAAGGUUCAGGGCUGAUAAUCCAGGUGUCUGGUUCAUGCACUGUCAUUUGGAGCUCCAUACCAGCUGGGGUUUGAAGACUGCGUUCGUGGUGGAAAAUGGGAAAGACUCAGAUCACUCUAUCUUGCCUCCACCUACAGACCUUCCACCCUGUUAG